GGUCAGUCUUAAGAUGGCGAUAAAAUCGAAAUCUUCUGUGUAUUUUUCGCAAAUUUAAAUUUCAUUAUUUAUGUUCAAAAACACGUAAAAAGUACAUAUAAAUACGUAAAUAUUGUUAUUAAGUUGACUGGAAAACAAAUAUUACACCGAAGGCGCAGAAAAAGUGGCCUUGGAAGUAAAUUCAGUGCAGCAAAAUUUACCGUCGCAGCAGAGCUAAAUGCUCAAGUUGGCAAACGCUAUGCAGACGAAGCAACACUAGCAGUACGGGGGAAUUGUAACGGCAGACAAUUUUUUAGUGCAAUUCGGAAUAAAAUAAUUUGUAAAGUCCUUGGUGUUGAAACACGCAAAUUAACCUUUAUUGUGUGCGAGUGUGCGUGUUGGGAGUAAAAAUUACACAUAUUGGAUGAAGAAUUUCUCGCCCCAUCUUGUAUUACACCGAUGAAGUGGUAGCACUACCUUAUAUAUAAAAGCCAGCAUGAUGAACAAUUAUAGCAACAUGAUGAUUGGCGAUCAAUUUCGCAAAAUGGAAAGUACAACAUAUUCCCCAAAGUCAUCACCACACGGUGGCCGAUCACCUGUGGUGUCGAGGCAGGAUUCAUCGGGCACACUUAAGACUACGAUAUCGCUUGGCAAAACGCCAACGAUUAUACAGACAGGACCUUUUUACUUAUGGAAAGAACCACCAGGCAAAGGCGAAUUGACGGGUGAUAAAGACUUAAUGACCGAAUAUGGUUUGCAUCACACACUAACUAAGUUUAAGGAUAAAAAAGUAAAAGAAUCGCUAGCGUCGUUUCUACCCAACCUACCUGGCAUUUACGACACCACAAGCAAUCUGGAAAACAGCACACUGCGUAGUGUUAUUGAAAAACCGCCGAUUGUGGGCAAGGAAUUAGUGCCAUUAACUGCCGUACAAUUAGCCGGUUUCCGCCUGCAUCCUGGACCUCUACCUGAACAGUAUCGUGCGCUGAAUACGACGCCCGCACGUAAACACAAAAAUAAGCAUAAAAAGCACAAACACAAAGACGGCGCUGUGCCACAAGAAACAUCACUCAUGGAUUCCGCUGGACUGGAGACCUACGAGCGUAAACAUAAAAAACAAAAACGGCAUGAAGACGAUAAAGAGCGUAAGAAACGGAAAAAGGAGAAAAAACGUAAAAAGAAAAGCCACAGUCCAGAGCCCUCAGCUGCAGGAUCGGUGGCAGGUGGCAGUGGUAGCGGCGGCGGCGGCGGUACAGGUGUUGGUGUGAGUGGUGGCAGUGUGGGUGGCGUUACAAUGGGUGGCAUACCGCCAAUGGUUGGGGGUAGUGGUAAUGCGGGUACAGUAGGCAGCGGUGUAAAUGUUAUGCCCGGCACAGUGGUAGCUAUGCAACAGCCAGUGCAACAACAACAAAUGACACCAGCGCCGAUGCUAAAUGACAUGGGCACGAUAUCACAGCAAUUAAUGCUGUAGGGAUGUGACAAAAUGCACUCGUGGUGCAAAAGCGAAUGCAGCAACAAAAAGUAAUGAAAAUGUGAAUCAAAAGGAAAACAAAAUAAAAGCGUCGCGCUGAAACUUAAUAUUGCAAGAGAAAACACAAACACACAUUUUGUAUCCUCACACAAUUAGCAAACUAAUAUAUGCAAACAACAACAAACUCAGCAAAUGUUUAUUUUGCAAAUUGCAAUUUUCUUAUGUAGAUUUAGAAACUGUAACUUAAUGAUUAGUUUAAUUUUAAUGUAAUUUUGUUUUUCAAUACACAAUUUCCAAUUCAAAUAAUUUAUUCUAAUCAAAAAAAAAAGUUGUGUAUAAACAAACAGCUAGUAAAUAUUAUUUUAUUUAAAAAGUGUGACCGCAUAAUUAGUUUAGUGCCGUAGUCGUUCAAUGAGUAAUUAUCUAUGGAUGUGUGAUUAAGCAAGCAUUAAUAAUAAAAUAUUUACAAUUUAA